UAGUCCACUCAAGCGACAUCGUGGCGAAGGGAAGUUGGCCUACACGACUGUCAAAAUGAUGCAAAUAACAGAUUUUCAGAAAAUUGGUGUUGGCCUCGCUGGAUUUGGAGUAGCCUUCCUUUUCCUUGGUGUCUUGUUUUUCUUUGAUAAAGGUUUGCUGGCAAUUGGAAAUAUACUUUUCAUAUGUGGACUAGCUUUUGUUAUUGGUUUGGAAAGAACUGUGAAAUUUUUCUUUCAAAAACAUAAAUUGAAAGCAACAGGAUUUUUCAUUGGCGGUAUAACUAUAGUUCUGAUUGGCUGGCCAGUAAUAGGAAUGUGUGUUGAAAUGUAUGGAUUUUUUCUUUUAUUCAGUGGGUUUUUCCCGGUUGUUAUUAAUUUUUUACGACGAGUUCCAGUUUUGGGAAGUUUACUCAGCUUGCCUGGGAUACGGUCGAUUGCGGACAAACUAGGGGAAUCCAACUCGAUGAAUAACAUGGCGUAAUACACUGACAGUUAACGGACCAGUCGCGAGAUGACCCACGAAGUGAUUCUUUCGGAAACAUUGAUAAAAUGGGUCAAUAUACCAGAGACUGUAUUAUACGUCUCUGAAUAUACCCAUGAACUGACAUUAUUUUCAUCUCAUUUUCAUACAAUAACAGCUCCACUUUUCACUGAUUUUGAGUUAAACUUUUAAGUGAUUUUAACGGCACCUACUUUAAUGAAAAAUUAAUGUUUGACUAAAUGAACCAAUCCUGAAUAAAACAUAU